AUGGCAACAUUGAACAUGAAAAACACAGGCUGGUACACGGGGACAUACACGGAAAACACAGGCAGGUACACAGGGACAUACACGGAAAACACAGGAGGGUACACAGGGACAUACACGGGAAACACAGGCAGGUACACAGGGACAUACACGGAAAACACAGGCAGGUACACAGGGACAUACACGGAAAACACAGGCAGGUACACAGGGACAUACACGGAAAACACAGGAGGGUACACAGGGACAUACACGGGAAACACAGGCAGGUACACAGGGACAUACACGGAAAACACAGGCAGGUACACAGGGACAUACACGGAAAACACAGGAGGGUACACAGGGACAUACACAGAAAACACAGGAGGGUACACAAGGACAUACACGGGAAACACAGGCAGGUACACGGGGACAUACACGGAAAACACAGGAGGGUACACGGGGACAUACACGGAAAACACAGGCAGGUACACAGGGACAUGCACGGAAAACACAGGAGGGUACACAGGGACAUACACGGGAAACACAGGAGGGUACACAGGGACAUACACGGAAAACACAGGCAGGUACACAGGGACAUACACGGAAAACACAGGAGGGUACACAGGGACAUACACGGAAAACACAGGCAGGUACACAGGGACAUACACGGAAAACACAGGCAGGUACACAGGGACAUACACGAAAAACACAGGAGGGUACACAGGGACAUACACGGGAAACACAGGAGGGUACACAAGGACAUACACGGAAAACACAGGAGGGUACACAAGGACAUACACGGAAAACACAGGCAGGUACACAGGGACAUACACGGAAAAACACAGGCAGGUACACAGAGGCAUACACGUAAAAACACAGGAGGGUACACGGGGACAUACACGGAAAACACAGGAGGGUACACAGGGACAUACACGGAAAACACAGGAGGGUACACAGGGACAUACACGAAAAAAACACAGUCAGUUGCACAGGGACAAACACGUAAAACACAGGCAGGUACACAGGGACAUUUACGGAAAAACACAGGCAGGUACACAGGGACAUACACGGAAAAAAAAGGCAGGUACACAGGGACAUUCACGUAAAACACAGGCAACUACACAGGGACAUACACGAAAAAAAAAACGGCAAGUACAAAGGGACAUACACGGAAAAACACAGGAGGAUACACAGGGGCAUACACGAAAACAAAACACAGAAUAA